AUGUCAUCUCAAAGAGCAAAUAUUCCACGAAAACAGUCAGCAUUACAAUGGAUACGAAUAAGUGAUCAAGAUCCAUUUCAAUGGACAAAUUCAGCACCUGUCAUUGAACCAUCUGACCUAGGUGUUGAUCAAGUUCUUGUUGAAAAUCAUGCAAUUUCACUCAAUCCAGUUGAUUACAAAAUGGCGUCAACGAAUUUUUCGAAUACAAAACUACCAGCUGUAACUGGUUAUGAUAUUAGUGGAAGAAUUGUGGCGAUUGGAAAUAAAGUAAAAGAUUUUCAAGUUGGUGAUGAAGUUUUUGGUAUGUUAAAUCUCAAUUCAAGUAAUGGUGGCGGUGCAAUUCAACAAUAUUCAGUGGCUGAAAUCGAUACAUUAGUUCCAAAACCAUCAGACGUUGAUCACGUUCACGCAGCAACACUUGGUGUGGCAUUUUUAUCAGCAAUGGAUGGUCUUCGUCAGGUAAAGAUCGAUUCUUCAACAAGUGUUUAUAUUCCAGGAGGUUCAGGUGGUGUUGGUCAUUUCAGUGUACAAAUUGCUCAAAUACGUGGUGCUAAACAAGUCACCACAUCAGCAUCAAAAGAAGAAGGAAUUCAAAUAUUGAAAGAAAAGUAUCGCAUUAAAGAUGUACUCAAUCACGCAACUGAAAAUAUUGUCGAUCGUGUUAUGGAAUUGACUGAUGGAAAAGGUGUUGAUGUUGUUUAUGAUGCAACUUAUUUACCUUCAAGUUUUGAUAAAACUAUUCAAAUGGUAAAAGAAGGCGGAUCAUGGAUUGUUCUUCGUCGUUUCGGACAAGAUAUUACUAAGGACACUGAACGUGUCGAGAAACGAAAGGGUAAAUUACUUCUUGCCGAUCUUGGUCGUUAUUGGUUGGGCAAUGAACGAACACAAUUAAAAUCUUUUUGUCAAUAUUCAUUAUCACAAGGUGUAAAAUGGAUUAAAGAAGGUCAAUUGAAACCAUAUAUCAACCGAAUUAUCAAACUUGAAGAAGCACAAGAUGCAUUGGAAUUAAUAAAACAAGGGAAAAGUGGAUUUGGAAAAAUUGUUAUCAGAAAUUCAUUUGAAUAG